UGGCUCUUUUUUGGAACCCUUAAUCAAAUUAAUUUAACAAGGAAACCCUUGUUCCAAACCCUUAUUCAAAAUUUCAAGGAUUUGUGGCAAAACCUCCAUCCGUCACCCAAAAAAAAGCCUGAAAACUAUCCUCUCUGUAGAGCUGAGGCUGCAGCUGCUUCAUCCGAUGGGCAAUCUUUGAACGGAGAAAAAAAAGAGCCAAAAUUUAUGGGCAUUGAGAUUGUGACCUUAAAAAAAAUAUUACCCCUCGGGAUGAUGAUUUGGAGUUUCUGCAUGUUCUAUGUUAUGGCUGAGCUUUGGGGUAGUGUGGUUGUCUCUGUCCUGUUUUGGGGGUUUGCUAAUCAGGCUAAAAAAUUCGAUCUUCUAUUUGGGCUUGGAGCUAAUGUUGCACUCAUUUUCUUGGGUCGAACUGUGAAAUACUUCUCUCAGAUUAGACAAAACUCAGGCCCAAGUGUUGAUAGUUGGGCCAUCUCAUUGAAGGGGAUGAUGAGACAAAACUUAGGCCCAGAAGCAUGGUGUAAGGUGCUUCUGAUCUUGCAAAACAAUGAAUUAUUGACAAAGAAAUCCUAUUUAGUUACACCACAUCAGGAAAAUGAGGAGCCCAAGUUGUUUAAGUACUAA